AUGGCUAAACGCCCUAAACCAUUAGCGGUGUCAGUACCACCACCACCUGUGAUAUCCUCGGAGGAGGACGAUGACUUCCGUGCUGCUGGCCUAGACAUCUUGGACAAAUGGCGGGCUGGUGAGGAUAAUUGGCUGGACCUUCCGACCACAUUGUCGAAAUAUGUUAAGGAAUCGUAUAUAGGAGGUCCCUUCCCUCACAGAGACAUUCAGGCCGCACAAGGUGAUGACUGGCUGUUCCUGCACACUCAGGGAUGCGUCAUGGACCGUACGACACCUGAGAUCCUCGGAGUGGUCCUGCAGGUCCAUUGA